UUCUGCUUCGCGCAAUGCAUUUCUAUAGUGCAGUGCAAUAUUUUCUGUGUUUUCUUCGCCAGGCCACAAAGGGCUAUUUUGUGUUGUGAUUAAAAUAAUCUUUAGACUUACACACGAUUUUCCUGUAGUUUUUGAUCGAAAUGCAUUUUUGAUUAUUUGGUUAACCAUGGGCAACGAUCAGUCUCAGCUGAAGGGACUGGAAAUCAGCCGGAAAGCUGUUCAAGUGACAGAUUAUUGGUCCCUGUAUAAUGGGGAAAUUCCGGCGGAGUCCAGCGUAUCGUUUUUCUCAAUUUUCCAAGGCGAAACACUGGUCACCGGACAGUUCUGGACGAACCAGAAUCCACUGGAGAGGGCUAUCAAAAAUCUGAAGAUUUACCGCCAUCCAAACAUACUGAAGUACAUUGCUUCGUGGAACAAGGGCUCUCUGAAGAUGCUGGCAACGGAACGAUGUCGCCCGUUGGCAACGUGUCUAAACAUUACGAGUGAUGUUCAGAUUUGUCUGGGUCUAAGGAAUAUUCUAUGUGCUCUAAUUUUCCUCAUAGAACAGGCCAAAGUGCGUCAUCUAAGCAUCAGCAUAUCAUCGGUUUAUGUUACCGAAGAUGGAGCUUGGAGGUUGGCCGGGUUUGAACACCUUUGGGCAGGAGGAGAUUUCAAUUUGAACUUGUUGGAAAAGUCACAACCUUAUCGGUAUCCGAAGGCGAUCGAUCUGGAUGAACUGAAAAACAAAGGUCAGGGUGUGGAACAAUUUGCCUUUGCUGUGAUGUGCGAAGAAAUUUUGCAUAACAAAACUGAUAGCAACAUUCCUGCGGUGGAUGAUUUCAAGUCGUACUGUGCAACGCACCUGAAACAGGCCAAUGUGACCAAGCGGCCCAAACUUUCGACAAUUUUGCUCCAUCCGCUGUUUAAUCACGAUUUCAUUCUGAUACAUUCCUUCCUAACUGAACUUCCGCUGAAAUGUCCGCAGGAGAAGCAGGAGUUUUUUACCGGAUUAGCAGAUCGUCUCCGAACGUUCGAUUCUGAAACGGUGGCGGAGCAAAUGGGUUCUCUGCUUCUAUCGCGCAUUGUUCUGCUAGACACGACAGCUCAGUUAUGCGUAACACCGUUCAUUUUGCGUCCAAAAUCGGAUGACCUAUCGGCGGGUCUGUUUAUGGCCAAAAUUUUCUCCACAUACAUUAUUCCCAAGAUUAAAAAAGUCUUCUGCGUCCAGGAUGCUCAGAUUCGGUUAACAUUGCUGGAGUAUUUUCCAGCCUAUGUGGACUUUUUCAGUAAAGAAGAUUUAAAGGAGCACAUUUUACCACAAUUAUUGUUAGGGAUCAAAGAUACCAACGAUGUUCUAGUCGCUAAGACGCUCCUGUGCUUGGCAGAUUUAGUGCCAAUCUUGGGAUCUGCAGUGGUGAUCGGAGGCAAUCGAAGUAAAAUUUUUGCUGACGGAAGACCACAAGGUGUUCCAGACCAAUCAAUGCCAUGGAGUGGUGUUCGAUCCAUUACCCCAGUCAUCGGUUCCGGCGAGUUCCUAUCGGGAAGUCCCGUUCCAGGGGGAGGAGUGAAUGCAAUGGACACUAGCGUUUCCUUUUCUUCGAUUGUGCAGGAAGGAGUCGGUUUUAAUUACAUGCCGGAACGGUUAUCUCCCGAGGGUGAGGAUAUUUAUCACACUAAUAGUGAUGUGGAGCUGGAGGUGGACGAAUGGAGUGACUGGGAAAAUGAUGUCAAUGAACACACUACUAGCCAUCUGAUAAAUACCGGCCAGGAAGCGGAAGCGCCCAAAGAUGACAACAAAAAUGAGCCUAUCACUAGCCAAGAUGGACCCAUAACACCUACUACAACAAUUAGUAAGGAUGGGAAAGUCUCGGAUUCUGGUAAAGUUAGACGACAAACGUCAGGGAGUGAGAGCAUUGAAAAUUUGGACAUUAAAACACAGCCGAUGAAAAAAGUAGAGUCAACCGCCGAAAAUGAGUUUGAUUUUUUCAAAGACAUGGUACCGGUAAUUCAAAAAGCGAAUGUAUUGCUGAUUAAUGAUGAAGAUCGCGCCGAUAAUGCUGAAAGUAUUCAGUUGACAACAGUCAGAUCAAAAGGUGAAAAUCCUACGCGAUUUGUGGACGAACAAGAUAUUCCACUGAUUAAAGUUGAUGGAAGCAGAUUUGACGUUAAAGUGGAAACUCUCGAGACUAACGAGGAUGGAUGGGGAGACGAGGAAAGCGAAUGGUGAACAGGAAGAUUAAAUAAGUAGUUAAUUUAAUCAGCUAAUGUAAUAUCAUGGAAUGAAUAUCAAUUGCCAAUUUUUAAUACACCUUCGCUAAUGGACUCGACUUCGCUGAGUCGCGACGUAAUCAAAUAAAAAUA